GAGGAAACAGAACGUGACGGGGCUGACGGCUUCGGGACUGGCUGGCACUGAGUCACUUCGUCUGGUCUGCCAAGUAUGGUGGCUUCGGCGGCGCUGCGCCGGCUCCGCUCCUCGCCGCGGCUCCGGCUUGCCGCCGCCGGCGCCUACCGUAGCGCGAGUGCCUCCGCCGUUGCCGUGGGGCUGGAGCGCAUGGAGGACCCGAGCCGCCGCAUCGUGGAGCUGGCCGCGGAGGGGCGCGUGUGGGACGCGCGCAGGCUGUUCGACGGGAUGCCCGACCGGGACGUGGUGGCCUGGACGGCGAUGGUGUCGGCGUACGCGCGGCGGGGGAUGCUGCGCGACGCGCGGGCGCUGUUCGACCGCCCCGACGCGCGCCGGAACGUGGUCACCUGGACGGCGCUCCUCUCCGGGUACGCGCGCGCCCGCCACGUCGACGAGGCUGAGGCGCUGUUCGAGCGGAUGCCCCAGCGGAACGUCGUCUCCUGGAACACGAUGUUGGAGGCGUACGUCGCGGCGGGCCGGGUGGAUGAUGCUCGCGCGCUGUUUGACCGCAUGCCGGUGAGGGAUGCUGGCUCGUGGAACAUUCUGCUGGCCGGACUGGUGCGGUCAGGGAGCGUGGAUAAUGCGCGAGAGCUGUUUGCAAGAAUGCCAGAUAGGGAUGUGAUGGCUUAUACGACCAUGGUUACCGGCAUUGCGCGGUACGGUAAUGUUGAUGAAGCUCGAGUGUUGUUCGAUGUCAUGCCAAACAGGAAUGUGGUUUCUUGGAAUGCCAUGAUCUCUGGGUACUUAAGUAAUGACAGGAUUGAUGAAGCGCUGGAUUUGUUCAUGAAGAUGCACAGGAGGGAUGUUGCUUCUUGGAACAUUAUGAUUAACGGUUUUAUCCAGAGAAAAGAUUUGAGGAGGGCACGGGAGCUAUUUGAUGAGGCGCCUGAAAGGAAUGUUGUCACGUGGACUACCAUGAUGAACGGUUACUUGCAGGGCAUGCAAAGUGAAAUGGCAUUGGGUUUCUUUAACGGUAUGCUUACGGCAGGUAUCAGACCAAACAAGGUGACAUUUUUGGGUGCUCUUGAUGCAUGCAGCAACCUUGCGGCACUCUGUGAAGGGCAGCAGGUGCAUCAAAUGAUAUGCAAAACAGCAGUUCAGUUUGAUACUUUUGUCGAGUCCGCCCUGAUGAAUGUAUAUUCCAAGUGUGGUGAAAUUGGGUUGGCAAGAAAGUUGUUUGAUCUUUCUAGGGAGAAGGACUUGAUCUCUUGGAAUGGAAUCAUUGCGGCAUAUGCGCAUCAUGGUGUUGGCAUAGAAGCUAUACUCCUGUAUGACAAGAUGCAAGAAAAUGGAUAUAAGCCUAAUGAUGUCACAUAUGUGGUGUUGCUCUCAGCAUGUAGCCACUCUGGUUUGGUUGAUGAAGGGCUUAAGAUCUUUGAAUCAAUGGUUAAAGAUAGGUCAGUUGCAGUGCGUGAUGAACAUUAUACUAGCUUGAUUGAUCUUUGUAGCCGAGCAGGACGGCUUGAUGAUGCCAAAAGGUUAAUUCACUGCCUUAAGAUUAAGCCUGCAUCAGGUUCUGUCUGGAGUGCCCUUCUAGGUGGGUGUAAUGCACAUGGAAAUGUGAGCAUUGGCAAUUUGGCAGCUAGAAGUCUCUUAGAAGCAGAACCUGACAAUGCUGGAACCUAUACUCUCCUGUCUAACAUCUAUGCUUCUGCUGGUAAGUGGAAAGAAGCAGCACAGAUUAGGUCAGAGAUGAACAACCGUGGACUAAAGAAACAACCAGGAUGCAGUUGGAUUGAGGUGGCAAAUAAGGUUCAUGUAUUUGUAUCACGUGAUAAGUCCCACAGUGAAUCUGACUUGAUCAAUGGUCUGGUACAAGAUAUCCAUCACAUGAUGAGGAUUGCUGGAACUGUUCCCACUGACAAUAUGCUAGUUGAUGAGGAGGUAGUGGCUAUUUAGUUACAAUCGGAAGUCGUUUCAUUUGAAUUGCAAGGAUUCAGUCAAACAAAGUAACCUCCAGCAUUCAAUCCAGCCUUCUAGAGUUUGUUUGGCGUCCAUAAAGCGGCUGUCUUGUCAUCUGAAUCUUGACUCCUCGGGUUCUGGAUCAUGCCUUGCCAACUUUGCUAAUUUCUUUAGCACCUUCUGUCUCAGGUUGUCUGAUUCACCUCCAAGAAACUUUUCUUUAUCCUUAUCCAUGGAUUUCAACCUCAGACUCAUCUUUGCCGUGAAGUCCUUGGAAACAAGUUCAGCUGCUAAGGUGCUUACAAUCAUGGCAUCAUACCAUGCUUACCAAUCCUUCAGCAUGCAGAUGAAAGGCCAUGCUUAGCUUGGACUUCCAGUCUCAGGCUCCAGUUGACAAAAGAAGUUUGGACACACCAAAAAGCAAAAACUUUCAUGCAGAUCUCCUGGUGGCAAUGAACACAGUACUAGCAAUAACUUCAGAAACUAGCUACCUUGAGCAGGUGAGGAGAAACUAGCUAACUUGUGCAGGUGAGGAGAACUUGCCAAUCUCAAACAUGCAGCAAAGAGUUCCGGAGCACUGGUCUUGUUGUUUUGGAAGAGAAAGGCGGUUUCAUGUGCCAGAGUAAUAACAAUGGAUAUGGAUAUGUUUGCUCUGCUGCUGGUUCUUCAAUUGAUGUGCUGGAGAUUUUUGACGUACGCACGCAAGGUGCCAAACAAAUAAUCCGCUAUUCUUUGCCUUAGAAGGUCGAGUAUGAUCCCCGGUUGAUUCACUACAAGCAGCUUUUGGACGUGUUUUGGGCAAGUCAUGAUCCACGGGAGGUGUUUGGGCAAGGGCCAGAUGUUGGCAACCAGUACAGAUCUGUCAUCUUCACUAAUGGAACCAUUGAGGCCGGAUUGGCUGCUCUUAGCAAA